AUGGAACGCAUCAUCGGCGGCAAGUACAAGCUCGGACGGAAGAUCGGCGGUGGUUCUUUCGGAGAGAUUUUUCUCGCUACACACGUCGAUACUUUCGAGAUCGUAGCUGUUAAGAUCGAGAACAGUAAAACAAAGCAUCCUCAACUUCUCUAUGAAGCCAAGCUAUAUAGAAUUCUUGAAGGAGGAAGUGGGAUUCCGCGCAUAAGAUGGUUUGGAGUCGAUGGAACAGAGAAUGCUCUAGUCAUGGAUUUACUAGGACCAAGUCUUGAAGAUCUAUUUGUGUAUUGUGGGAGGAAGUUCUCACCAAAGACGGUUUUGCUGUUGGCUGACCAAAUGCUGACAAGAAUUGAGUAUGUACACUCCAAAGGAUAUCUUCAUAGAGAUAUAAAACCCGAUAACUUCCUCAUGGGCCUAGGCCGGAAAGCAAAUCAGGUUUAUAUAAUCGACUUCGGACUUGCCAAAAGAUAUCGUGAUGCCAACACCAACCGCCACAUCCCUUACAGGGAAAAUAAGAAUUUAACAGGAACUGCACGGUAUGCAAGUUGCAAUACACAUCUUGGAAUUGAGCAAAGUCGACGGGAUGACCUAGAAUCGCUUGGAUAUGUGCUUCUGUAUUUCCUAAGAGGAAGUCUUCCAUGGCAGGGUCUUAAGGCCGUGGACAAGAAACAAAAAUAUGACAAAAUUUGUGAGAAGAAGAUUUCAACUCCGAUUGAGGUUUUAUGCAAAAGUCACCCUGUGGAGUUUGCUUCAUAUUUUCAUUACUGCCACACGCUGACAUUUGAUCAGCGCCCUGAUUAUGGAUUUUUGAAGCGACUUUUUCGUGAUUUGUUCUCACGGGAAGGAUAUGAGUUCGACUAUAUAUUUGACUGGACUAUAAUAAAGUAUCAACAAGCACAGAAAACUAGAAAUCAGUCUCAGGCUAUUCCUGGGUCUAGCAAUACUCGUGCAGUGCCAAUGGACACAAACAAUCAUCGGGGGGGGCCAAAUAUGUCUUAUGAAGCCGAGGCCUCUGAGCGUGUCAGAUCAGGCAAUGCUAUUGGUCCAAGCCCACAGAUAAAUAAUAAUACCGCUACAGGGAAGAAUCUGGGUUUUGAUUACCCCGUCCACAAGAAUAUGAACAUGCCAUCCACUUCACUUUCUCCUGCGGGUACCUCGAAAAGAAAUGUCGGAAAGCAAGGUGUCCUCCCCGAAACCUCAAAUUCUAGAUUCGAGAGUGGGAAUAGAACCGGUGGCUGGACUUCCUCAUACAUGUCUCCAGAGAAAUGA